AUGAGCGCCUCGGUGUUGCAGGGCGGCCAAGUGUGGGACGAAGACGUCCUCAAGGCGCUGCUCGACGUCGUCGAGGAAGGCUCCGCGGCGAUCGACGUCGGCGCGAAUUACGGAAGGCGCGUCCUCACGGCACUCUCUCUCGACCGCUCGUUCCGUAUCCUUUCCUUUGUACACGUGUCAUCUCCACACUGCACAAUACCUGACACGUGUCGCCCAUCCCGCCCGCUCAUCGCCGCGCGCAGUUACUCGGUGUUUUUCUCCGACAAAGUGGGCCCCACCGGCCGCGUGUACGCCUUCGAGCCCCAGCCGUUCAUUCACUCGGUGUUGAAUUUCAACCUCGUCUUAAACGACGCGUCUAAAAACGUCCAGACUUUCCGCGGCGUCCUCGGUCACGCCGAGACGACGACGCACAUGUCCGACGUUCUCAGCGACGGCUCCAAGAAGGGCGCGUCGUUCGCGGCGACCGCGGCGAAGGGCGAGCCGGUGAAUUACGGAGGCAGGCAGAUCGGCCAGGGCGGCGAGGAGGUUCCGAUGCGGACCCUGGACUCGUUCCGCAUCGCGUGUCCGAUAUCGAUGCUGAAAGUGGACGCCGAGGGCGCGGAACAUCUGGUGUUUUACGGCGCGCGGGAGACAAUCAGGCGCGUCCUCCUCACACUGUCCAACUACCAGACGCUCUCCGAGGAGACGACGACGACGUUGAAGGUCCCGCCCGAGGCGAAAACCUUCGACGUCGCCGCGUGGGCGACGGGCGAGCUCGGAUACGCGAAGGACGAGGUGAAACGCGUUGGCGGCACUGUGGACUUUGUCCUCAGGCCGCCCGCGCGGAGGAAGAACGCGAGAAACGCGACGGCGACGGCGGCGACGACGACGAGCGCGGCGGCGGCGAUGACGACGACGAGCGCGGCGGCGGCGGCGAAUGCGAGCGCGGACGCGUCGAACGUGAGCGGCGACGUCGUCGACGAGGCGGGCGAGUUGGCGCGCGCACCGCGAUAA